GUCCGUCGCCAGCGCGUCUUAAAGCGAUCGCAGCCUCCGAGACCGAGACAACGGCAUCUUUCCAAAUCUUCGCACGGAACGAAGACCGAAACAGAAACAGAGAAACAGAAACAGAAACAAACAACGCAUAAAAGAUGAGGCAGACGUUGCAGUUGCUGUUGCUUUUGCUGUUGGGCUGCCUAAGUGCUGUGUCACCACAAGCGCUGCAAUCAUUCCCCAAGCUCUGCGAUGUGCGAGACUUUGAUGACUUUCUGCUCAAGACGGGCAAAGUCUAUCCAGACGAACGGGAACGUGAGUUUCGCGAGAGCAUCUUUGUGGCCAAGAAGUCUUUGGUGGAUCUGACCAACAAUAAAGUCGGAGGCAGCUAUAAACUGAAUAUCAAUAUAUUCGCUGACAUGACACGCAAAGAGGUUUUCACUCUGCUUGGUUCCAAGAUCUCCACGCAGGGAGAAGAUCUGACUGCACGCCAUAUUAAUUUCUUGCCAGCAACCACAAGCACAUUGAGUGACAAUCUGCCCGCGUCCUUUGAUUGGCGCGAGAAGGGAGGCGUGACUGCAGCUGGCUUCCAGGGAUCCUGCGGCUCCUGUUGGUCCUUCUCCACAACGGGAGCACUCGAGGGUCAUUUAUUCCGACGCACCGGAGUCCUAGUGCCGUUGUCCCAGCAGAACCUGAUGGACUGUGCCGAUGACUACGGCAACAUGGGCUGCGACGGUGGCUUCCAGGAGUACGGCUUCGAGUAUAUACGGGAUCAUGGAAUUACGCUGGCCAAUAAGUAUCCCUAUCAGCAGUUCGAAAUGCAGUGCAGGCAAAAUGAAACUGCUGGCGUUUAUCCUCGAGAGAGCAUCGUUAAAAUUCGCGACUACGCACGCAUUGAUCCUGGCGAUGAGCAGAAAAUGAAGCAAGUGAUUGCCACACUCGGACCUCUAGCUUGCUCUAUGAACGCAGGUCCUAUUUCCUUCGAGCAGUACGAGGGCGGUAUCUACGAGGACGAGGAGUGCAAUAGGGAUGAAGUCAACCACUCCGUCGUUGUCGUUGGCUAUGGCAGCGAAAAUGGACGUGAUUACUGGAUCAUCAAGAACUCAUACUCCCAAAACUGGGGUGAGUCUGGAUUCAUGCGUCUGCCUCGCAAUGCUGGCAGCUUCUGCGGCAUCGCCAGCGAGUGCAGUUAUCCGAUUUUGUAGUUCUCACUUCUCCGUUGGAUUUUUAUUAGUAUUUGUUAUUGCAAUCUACACGAAUUUAAAUAGUUACUACAAUUUAUAGAUAUAAUUAAAAGUG